AACUUUGGACAGGUAGAGAAACACAAUAAAAAAGGAGCAAAUAACCACCAAAUCCAUUCUCUUUAAGCAAGGCAUCCACCAAAUUCAGCCAGAACUGGUGAGUAAAAAAGAAACAAAGAAAGAAAGCUUCUCCUGUUUCUUGGUGAUUGAAAGAAGAGCAUAAUAGAGGAGGCAGAGGAAGGGGAAAAUAUUCUUCAAGAAGAGGCAAAAAAAUGUUUGGGGAAUCAGGAAAGUGGGUGAUACUGAUAGCAUCAAUUUGGAUACAAGCAUUCACUGGGACAAACUUUGACUUCUCAUCCUACUCAUCUGAUCUCAAGUCUGUUCUUCAAAUAACUCAGCUUCAGCUCAAUUAUCUCUCUGUGGCUUCAGACAUGGGAAAGGCAUUUGGGUGGUGUUCUGGGCUCUCACUCAUGUAUUUGCCAUUGUGGGUGGUCUUGUUCAUGGCUACUUUCUUGGGGUUUUUUGGUUAUGGCAUCCAAUGGCUUGUCAUCCAAAGACUCAUCACCUUGCCUUAUAUUCUGGUCUUUUUUCUAUGCUUAGUUGCUGGAUGCAGCAUCUGCUGGUUCAACACCAUCUGCUAUGUCUUAUGCAUCAGACACUUCACAGCUAACCGUUCACUUGCAUUAUCACUGAGCAUCAGUUUCAACGGUGUGAGUGCAGCUUUAUACACUCUCAUUGCUAAUGCAAUAACCUCCAAUGAUGACAAUCUCUAUCUACUGCUCAAUGCCCUUGUUCCUGUCCUCAUUUCCUUUAUGGCACUCAUCCCUAUUCUUCACCAACCACAGCCUCAGUCAGAUUCUGCGGACACGCUUCGGCGCGAUACCUCGGUCUUUCUCUGCCUCAACAUCCUUGCACUCAUCACAGGCCUCUACCUCCUCUUACUCUAUUCCCUCUCUUCUACCCCGGCAUUAGCUCGUGUGAUCCUCGCAGGUGCUGUUUUUCUCCUUGCACUUCUCUUGUUCUUGCCUCAAAUUGUGCAUUCUAGAGAAUGGUCUUGCUUCACUGUCCCCACAACAAGCUUUUCUUUAUAUGAUUCAAGUUUCACUCUUGUUGAUGAACAUUAUGAUGAGAUUCACAAAGAACUCAUUAGUGUUCAUGAGGAUAGUACUGCAAGGAAUGGAAGUUCACAAGGCAUCAUGAGAGGAGGGAAGAAGUGUUGGUUUGUGAGUGUGUUGGAUAGAGAGCAGAUUACAGUGCUUGGGGAAGAGCAUUCAACUAGGUUGCUGUUAAGUAGAUGGGAUUUCUGGCUAUAUUACAUGGCAUAUUUCUGUGGAGGGACAAUUGGGUUGGUUUAUAGCAACAACUUGGGGCAAAUUGCACAGUCACUUGGACACAAUUCUCAGACUAGUUCCCUUGUUACACUCUACUCCACAUGUUCCUUCUUUGGUCGCCUUCUUGCAGCCGCACCUGACUUCCUCAGCGGAAAGAUACACUUUGCAAGAACUGGAUGGUUUGCAGCAGCCCUGGUGCCAACACCCAUUGCAUUCAUUUUACUGGCUAUAUCUGGCAGUGGAGCAGCAUUGCACAUAGGCACCAGCUUGAUUGGGCUGAGUUCUGGCUUUGUUUUCUCUGCAGCAGUAUCAAUUACAUCAGAGUUAUUUGGUCCAAACAGUGUUGGUGUGAACCACAACAUCCUCAUCACCAACAUCCCUUUAGGCUCAUGCCUUUAUGGCCUUCUUGCAGCAUUGAUUUAUGACUCCAAUGCAGUAAUGAGCUCAAGUCAUGAAAUUAUUUCGCUGCGUGAAAUGUCCAUGUGCAUGGGGAGAAAGUGCUACCUGCAGACAUUUAUAUGGUGGGCUUGUAUUUCAAUGGUGGGAUUGGUUUCAAGCUUCUUGCUUUUCAUAAGGACUAGGCAGGCUUAUGACAAUUUUGAAAGAAAUAAAAACAGAAACAGAACACAGACCACUUAGCUCCAGAAUUAGAACUCUUCUAUGAAGAAUAUCGUACUAUGCUCUUAAAUGUAACAUGAUCCAUCACAAAUACCAAAAAAGUAGGGGAUCAUUUCCACCUAUAUUUUAAAGUCACAAAACCUUUGAAA